CUGAUUUUAUAUCCACAAAUCAUUUUGCUUCUAUAUUUCAAACUGAUUCUAUUCCGGUAGCAAAUAUUACUAUUCUGACAUUUCAUUCUGUAAUGAUCUAUACCAAAAAAAAGUCUCUAUAUAAAUCUAAUAUUCAUGUUACUCAGGAUAUGACUUUCCAAAAUCUACUUGCUUAUAUAUUUCCAAAUGGACCACCAAAUAGAAAAUAA